CUACCUCUACAGUCGGAGGAGGUAGUACUGUCCGUUCGGUAACUUUGUGAGCAAUCAGUGAAGAGCUGACCGCUGAGUGAUGCCCAUAACGGAGAGCCCAGAGAUGGAAACCUGUGAGCUGGACCUUCAGCAGCGGCGAUCAGCGCAGUGGAGCAGCAAAACGGCGGUGUUUAUCGCGCUCACUGUCAUUGGAUUUGUACAGAUUGUCUCCAGUGUUGCAGUGCUGUUACACUUGACCGGGCAUAUACCUCAGGCAGACUCCUCCACAGCGCUACAGAGAAACACAGAGGUUGUUCUCACCGAGCCCGUCCCAACUGAUGCAUUCAGACACGCCAAGGCCAGAGCAGAACCCAAAGUUCAGAGGAAAAAUAGGAACAUCACCCCAGCAGCUCACCUGCCAAUCAAACCAGCCAGCGGACAUAUACAGAGGAAAGUCCAUGCCGCUAUCAUUCACUGGAACCCUGAGCAAGGCAACCUUCACCAUUUUGGAUAUCACAAUGGACGGAUCCUUGUUCAGAAAUCAGGCCUGUACUAUGUGUAUGCCAAAACGUGUUUUCGUUACUAUGAUAUUCUGGAGGUAGGUCCUGAGUCAGCACAAGGCGGUCAGACGAAAAGGUCACCAACCAUAUCACCAUCUGAUGAAGGAGUGCAGCUAAUACAGUAUGUGUUCCAAGAGCGCUUGUCACUCAGUUCCCCAUUAAGGCCAGCACUGCUAAUGAAAAGUGGGAACACAUGGCGUUGGAAGCGAGGGACUUAUCACAUGUGCUGUCAACAACAAAGUGGGGUGUUUUCACUACGGGCUGGAGAAGGUUUAUAUGUGAGCGUUUCAAACUCUUGGAUGCUUGACCCAGAAGCUGAAGGCAGCUACUUUGGGGCUUUUAGGAUAAGCAGUGAAAUGUAGCUUUGAAGACUGUGUGUUUCUCAAACUGUUUACUUAUUCUAUAUUUAUUUUUUUAAUACUUGAGAUACCCUUAAAGGCAUUCUGUGACAUUAUAGAAACAAUACACUGAGCUGAGGCUAAGCUGUUAUUGCUCUUAGAUGAUUCCAUUUCACAAUAAUAUUACUUACAAUUGACAGGGGCAGUUCUAGCAGGGCAGAUAUUUCACAAACUGACUUGUGGCAUGAGUGGCAUCCUAUGAUAGUACCACAUUUAAUGUCAUCGAGCUGAAACACUUGAACUUAAUGAUUAUGUGUGUCCACAUACUUUUGGCCAAAACAACUGUUAAAUAUACACCAUUGUUAAAAAAAAAAGUAAAAAGAAUUUCCCUAUAUUCAUUUCUUGUUGCUGUGUAACAUUGUAUGCUUACUACUUUUAAGUAAUUUGAGUUCUCUUAAUAUUUAAGUUUUAACAGAAAAUUUUACAUGGCAUAGUGUGACUCAGAUGUGUAUCUCAAUGCAAAUUGUAUAUUUUUAUAUACUGUGACAUUCCUGAGCCAAAACUGGGCUUUUUCAGAAAAAUCCUACCUGUUUAAUCACAGUUUUUACC